AUGCGGGACAGACACCUGGGUGGACCACAGGGCAAAAUCAUCAAAACUGUGGUCAAGUCCUUCAAGUAUUUCUUCGGCCUGAGGUUUGAGGUGAAGGGACUGAAGAACUUCGAGGUGGAGGGCCCUGCUAUCAUUGUGUCCAACCACCAGAGCAUCCUUGACAUGAUGGGGCUGAUGGAGGUCCUGCCUGACGACUGUGUCCAGGUGGCCAAGAAGGAGCUGAUGUACGCUGGCUUCGUGGGGCUCAUCAUCUACCUCGGUGGUGUCAUCUUCAUCAACAGGAAGAGCACCACCAGUGCCAAGAUGGUGAUGGCAGAGGUGGCCAAGACGAUGACAGCUGAAAAUGUGAAGGUGUGGGUGUACCCAGAGGGCACGAGGAACUGCACAGGGGAUUUGUUGCCAUUCAAGAAAGGAGCAUUUCACCUUGCUGUCCAGGCACAGGUCCCAGUAAUCCCCGUGGUGUACUCCUCCUUCACCACCUUCUAUAACCCGAAAAAGAAUCUAUUUACAUCAGGCAAAAUCAUGGUUGAGGUUCUGCCUCCAAUAGACACCAAAGGCCUGACCUCAGACGAUGUCUCCGACCUCACUGACAGAUGCUUCCACACCAUGAGGGAGACCCUCUUCAGGCUGUCAGGCCGUCCAAGCCAGGAGAAGGACUCAUCCUAGAUGCUUCUCCAGUGGCGUCACCCUGUGGUGGUGGCCGAAGGGACCUCUCUGUUGCCAAAUAGCGAAGGAACUUCUCUUUCUCUGCAGUGACUUCUGAUGCUGGGAACACCACGGACUGGCACACAUGGGCUGUCCAGCCAGCGCUGAGGUUCCCCCUUGAGUGGAUUUCUCUUAUGGGUUCAUUAUCUUGCAAUGAAACAUCUCCUUUUUCUGAAUUUCUCAGGCAUCAAACUUGUGCUACCAAAGGGCUCGAUGACCCGAGAGGUGAGUUCCCCCAGCUCAGGGAGCUGGCGUGGGGUGACAACGAAAACCUGGCUGGAGGCUGGGCUCUGCCUCAUGCGGAUGUCCCUGC